CAGCCAUGAGUGACUGAGAACACUUGUUAAAUAUAGUUCUCCACUACACUCAAGAGUUCUACACUCUCCUGCCCAGGAACAACAGGGGAAAAGACAGGGUCUUGGCUUCUGACAAAGGCUGUAUGCACUUACAGUAUCUACCCUCCUCUCCAUCUAUCUCUGGAUAUCUCUAUUUGAAGGGGAAACUGUGGCAAAAAGUGACAGUUGAAGCAACUCUGACCACCUCCUCUUGUCUGCUGGUCUCUCUCUCUCACUCACUCACUCACUCACUCACUCACUCACUCACUCACCGCCUCACUGUGACUCUGCUGACCCAAACCCCUGGGUUAGGACAAAGCUUGGGGUUUAUCUUCAGACGGCUUUUCAUUGCCUCUGUAACUUUGACAGGAGAGAAGAGGAGAAGCAAGGUAGAAGAGAAGAGUAACAGGAGAGAGGAUGGAUAUCUUUUGACAAAUCUACCUUUAUCAUGCUGUCUCUUUUUGACACACACAGUCAAGGUAACUGAAGUGCAUUGAGACAUUGAGGAGACACUGUUUUUACUGUGGGACUUGAUUCUCAGUAACUCAGAUAUUCACCUUUUAACCUGUCGUCACCUGUCAUUUGGAACCAUUGAGAACAGGUGAGAAUGCGGUCCAGGAGCAGCACAGCCAUGGAGGGCCCAGAUGACAGACAGAUAAACCGGGUUACCCACCCCACCAAAGCCUUCACCAAAGAGGAGGAGGAGAACACACUAGAGAAACAGAAAGAGGGAAAGAUCCAGACAGUGGAGCCUGGAAAGGUGAAAAGGCCCCAAAGAACCCCAGAAAGCAGCAGAGGACAACAGAAUGCAGCAUGGGUGACGGACCUCUCUAAGGAGGACUUUCUCCGUCUGCUGGGGGUCAUGGAGGGGGAGGUGCAGGCCAGAGAGGAUAUCAUCCACAUGCUGAAGUCAGAGCGUACCCAACCCGAAGCCCUGGAGGCCCAUUACGGCUCAGCUGCCCCAAUCAAACCCCUCCAGGCCCUGCAGAGAGACAGCCUACUGACCAACAACACUUCAACGCUAGGGGACGACGUCUACCAGAUGCCCAUGCAAGAGUUGGACCGGCUGGAGGACAAGCAUCGCGAGACUUAUAGGCGUAUGCUGGAGCAGCUGCUGCUAGCUGAGAAGUGUCACCGCCGCACAGUUAACGAGCUGGACAAUGAGAAACGCAAACACACCGACUUCAUGAACAAGAGUGAUGAGUUCACCAACCUACUGGAACAGGAGAGGGAGAGAUUAAAGGAGUUGCUGGAGCAGGAUAAGGUGUACCAGGCUUGUAAAGACAAGGAUCAGAGCAGGAGGCUAGAGAAGGUCCGUGAGGAGCUGGUCAAACUCAAGUCCUUUGUCCUGAUGCUGGUGGACGAGCGGCAGCUCCACAUCGAGCAGAUCGACCAGCAGAGCCAGAAGGUCCAGGACCUCAGCAGCGAGCUCCAGGAGAGAGAACAGCGACUGGUCGCUGUCAGCGGCAACGCCAAGGAGGACAGCCAGAAGGUCCUCAAACUCGAGGCGGAGCUAGAGUGCAAAGCCACCAAGUUCACCCAGGAGCGUGAGGAGAUGACUGCCAAGCUGGCCAACCAGGAGUCCCAGAGCCGCCAGCUCCGCCUGAAGCUGGCAAGCCUGGCCCACAGGAUCGAGGAGCUGGAGGAAAGCAACAAGGCACUGCAGAAGUCAGAGGAAGACCUCCUAGAGCUGAGGGACAAGAUCAGCAAGGGGGGGUGUGGGAACUCCAGCCUCAUGGCGGAGCUGGAGACACUGCGCAAGAGAGUCCUGGAGAUGGAGGGCAAGGAUGAGGAGAUCACCAAGACAGAGAGCCAAGCCAGGGAGCUGAGGAAGAGGCUACAAGACGAGGAGACCACUGGCCGGGAGCUGAGGCUGGAGGUGGAAAAAUUGCAAAAGAGAAUGGGGGAGCUGGAGAAACUGGAGAGAACUUUCAACAUGAACAAAUCAGAGUGUGCAACACUUCAUGUUAACAUAGUAAGAGAGAAAGGACUGGCAAAUGACUUAGCUGGUGAGCUGGGCAUAGUUAAAAACCGUAUGAAAGAACUGGAGAACUCUGAAUCGAGACUUGAGAAAGCAGAGAUGGGCCUAAAGGAUGACCUGAUGAAGCUGAAGUCAUUUACAGUGAUACUAGUGGAUGAGAGGAAGAACAUGACUGAGAGAAUUAAACAGGAGGAGCUAAAGAGCGAUGAUUUAAAUAAGAUGUUCAAAACUGAGCAGGGUAAGGUUAUGGAAGUCACAGAAAAGUUGAUUGAGGAGAGCAAAAAGUUCCUCAGACUGAAAUCAGAAAUGGAGGUAAAAGUAACGUCUCUUACUAAUGAGAAAGAUGAACUGAAAACGAAACUCGCAAGUGAAGAGGAAAAGUGCAGGGAUCUUAGCUUCAAGGUCGACGUGAUGAAAAAACAAAUGAAGGGGCUAGAGGAGGCAGAAAGAGAAUCAUUCAAAAGCAGAGCUAAUAAGGACAAAAUAUCCCUAGCUGAGCACAACAAAGUCAAUGAGCUAACGCAGGAAAUCGAAAGACUCAAAAACCGCCUAAAACAGCUAGAGGUGGUGGAAGGUGACCUGAUGAAGACAGAGGACGAGUACGAAUUACUGGAGAAGAAGUUCCGAACGGAGCACGACAAGGCCAAUGUUCUCGCUCAGCUGCUGGAUGAGAUGAAGAGUCAGACCGCCAUGAACAAGGCCAUAGAGAAGGGAGAGGCGGUGAGCCAGGAGGCUGAGUUAAGGAUGUGCUGCAAAAUAGAAGAGGCCAGAACCAGAGACCUGCAGGCAGAUGUUCAGGCCCUCAAAGAGAAGAUCCACGAGCUGAUGAACAAGGAGGACCAGCUCUCCCAGCUGCAGGUAGACUACUCCCUCCUCCAGCAGAGGUUCCUGGAGGAGGACGACAAGAAGAAGAGCCUGGGCCAGGAUGUGGUCAACCUCACCAAAGAGCUGGAGGUCACCAAGCGCUACAGCCGCGCCCUGCGUCCCAGUAUGAAUGGGAGGAGGAUAGUAGAUGUCCCAGUCACCUCCACCGCAGUGCAGACAGACGUAGUGGUCAAUGAGCCUGUUGAGGAGGACACACCUGCAGUGUUCAUCAGGAAAUCUGUCCUGGAGGAGAACCAUAUUAUGAGCAACCUGAGGCAGAGGGGUCUAAAGAAGCCUGCAACCGUGCUGGAGCGCUACCCCCCUGCAGCCACUGAUCUGGGCCUGAGAAAAUCUUGGAUACCUUGGAUGAAAAAGAAUGAUGCAGUGACGAUCACUCAGACCACCCCAGAGAAGACCCUAUCCCCUCAGGUUAAUGGGGACUCUUCCGCUCGUCCACCCGAGCUGACCAUGUCCCAAAAGCCAGGCCAGCCGCUGCACAUCCGAGUGACCCCCGAUCACGAGAAAAGCACUGCCUCCUUGAAGAUCACUGGCCCUCGUGCUGAGGACUUCUUCUCCAGCACCACCAUCAUCCCCACCCUGGGCCUUCAGAGGCCCCGCAUCACCAUUGUUCCCAAGCCCACCGCCGUGUCCUCAAAGAGCAAGCCAGGUGAGGGCAUGAUGGGUGGGCCUGAGCGGUGCAAGUCUCCAGUCACCAUCACCACCAUCUCCAGGGCCAAGUCCCCAGACAGGAAUAAGGGCUCCUCCUACUCAGACUCGAACAGACCUCUCUCUCCUGUCUCCAUCAUCACAGUGAACACCACUCCAGUGGCCUUUGCCUCCACAUCCCCUGAGCCCCAUGACAUGAGCACCAUGGGCCGGGCUGUGUUCAAGGUGACCCCAGAGACGCCUGUCCGAAACUACAACUCCAAUGCCAGUAUCAUCACCACCACAGAGGACAACAAGAUCCACAUCCAUCUGGGAGCUCAGUUCAAGAGGCCAUCACACCGCAGCAGUAGCAGCCCCACGGUGACAGCAAGGCCCCUUAGUGUGAGCACAGAGAGCAAGGAGGCACCCACAGGUACGGUGCUGCGCUCCCCAUGUCAAACCAACAACACCACCAUGCCUGGGAAGACUACGCCAAGCAAAUUGACCAGCAGCAUCACCAUCACCCCCAUCACCUCUGCCCUCUCCAGGCCAACUCAGUCUGUGCCCGGGGCGGAUGUGCAGUCAUCUCGGGCCACGGCCACACGAAUCCCUAUGCCAAAAGGUAUGAAAACAGGCAAGGCAGUUGUGACAGGCGUUUCCACUGUGACACGGAUAGAGUCGCGAGCCGAGAGCCAGUCUAUGAAAAUUGAACUGAAGAGGUCAACAGUCUGCAGCUCUACCUCCUCAGGGGGAGGGAAGUGCUGAGGGCCACAUGCUGCCCCCACUAUCUAUCUAUGGACUCAUAGUCCCCCAUGAUUAAAUUCUGACCAGUCUGUUGCCAGCCAAAAACAGAUAGAAUAGGAUACUGUAACCGGAGUUGGAUUUCAUCUGCUCACAGAAACACAGAGAAUAGUGCUAUCAGAAACACAGUCAUGUCUCUUUUCUCCAUUUCAAACAUUGGGGCAGCACAUUGAAAUGAGAUUGUAUUGUAGUUAUGUAUGUUUUCCAAAAAGAUUUGUAUAUCCAUGUUGAUUUCAAUCAGGCUGUGUGGCACGUUGACCAGAAUGCAUUUCCAUGCAUGUUUUAAUCUGACCAGAAUGCAAUGCUUUUUGUUUUGAUUGACACAAUGUUAUUAGUCCCUCAUCAGGCUUGUUGUCACACUGAGAGUUGUUGAUAUUUUUUGGUUUCAUAAUUCAUGUUGUUAAAGGUCUAAUGUAGACAUUUAUUUAUCUAAAUAUCAAAUCAUUUCUGGGUAAAAAUUAAGUACCUUAGUGUGAUUGUUUUCAAUUAAAAUGGUCAAAAAUAAACAAAAAUAGCAUCUUAGCAAAGGACAAUUUCUCAAGCAAGAAUUUAUGGGAAUGGUCAGAGAGGGGAGGGGAAAACUGAAAAUUAGCUGUCUUUACAAACAGCUCUUACACCAAAAGUGCAUUAUCAUCAUAUUCACAGUAUUAUUUCAACCUCAUAGUGUGAAAAAAAUAUGUAUAUAUAAAAAAAAUAUAUAUAUAUAUAUAUAUAUAUAUAUAUAUAUAUAUAUAUAUAUAUAUAUAUAUAUAUAUAUAAACACAGAAUAAUCACAUUUUUUACUGCACUGGGCCUUUAAUAUUUUUGUUUAUUUCACCAUUUCUUAUGGAGGUUUUGGAAUACGGUACAGUAGCUCUUAUGAAUUUCGUGUGUAAAAUACUUUUUGAUCAGUCAUCAACAACACUAAUUUGUGCCACAUUUAAAAAAUAUAUUUUUCUUUGGAAUAAAGUAAGACUGUUUGUUUAUAUUAUUCAUGUGGAGGGAGAUAUUACAAUGCAAAAUCUUCUUGAUGUUCACUAAAUAAAGAAUUUGGUGAAAGCAGGAGAGUGAGAGUAACAAACAGGAAACCUUCCAUGUUUGAGUGUUUUAUCCAUACUACUCUCAUAGAGGACUCAUCUUUAUAUCUGUAUCAUUACAGCGUCUGUGACAGCAUAGGCAGCGCCAUCCCGACCCGGUUGUCUACUUUGACUACUGUAAAAUAACGCAACGCCUCAAAGGCAAUGUCCAUGCUAAAACGGGUUCCAUCCAUGAUGAGUCCUCUAUCUAUCUCUGUGACUGCUCUGUAGAAUGACAUCUGUAAAAUGGCUUACAGCAUGUCAGAGAAGACUAAACAAAAAUGAACUCUUCAUCUGUAAUCUUGCAUGUCCAUAAUGUUUUAGGGACAGAUUUUAAUUUACUGGGUGGGAGGAGAUGGAGACUGUAAAUCAAAUUGAACACCCUUCCCUCUCAUUGAAUUAACUAAAGAUAAUGUUUAUGACCACAAAUAAUAACUGUAGCGUCCCUGUGUUUAUAAAUGUAAAUAUCAACUUUUCCACUUCAGCAUGCUUUUGUGGAACAGUCGAUGCCACGCAGGUCUAUGGGCCAGAAGGUUGAGGGUUCGCCGACCACCACAGACGAGCUCACUCUCCCUGCAUGUUUCAUUACACUACAAUCAGAGCUGGCUGCAGACAAUGAUCAGCUAAGGGGAAAUCAGAUGUUCUACAUUUUCAUGCCAUAUUUAUAAUUAUAUAAAAAAUAUGCAACAAAUUUUCCAUUAACAGAUUUCUGUGCCAGUGCAUCACACAACCAAGAAAUAAAGCAUACUGACUUCGGGCACUUCAAUAUCAUGGUUUGUGUUUAAACAACAUAAUAAAUAAACUGUCAAUCUCGGGAAACAGAAAAUGCAUCCCAAACUACAUCCCUCUCGACUUUGUAGGCUUACGCAGUAUCGAAGGUGUGGUUUGACAAUCUCAGAAUGUCAUUAAACUUUUUUCUGUUUUGUAA